GUCCAGGGUCACUGUUCUUUUUUUUCUUUUUUUUCAGUGCAGGGGCUUAAAAAGGAGGGUCAAGGCUGAGUUUGUGGUGAGCAGGUGACAUCCUGGAUAAAUACGGACUGAGCUUGAGCACUGAUUGAGGCUGUUCACGCUUUCUGGAGCUCAGUGGCCCAUUGUACUUUGCUAAAACUGUUUUAACGAUAUGUCCUUCUUUACUAUGUUUUCUCUUGACAAGAAGAUUACAAACAGCACUUGCUCUGGUUACCAGGAUCAGCAUCCGCACACCAUUCUUUAUAACAUCUUGAGCUGGAGGGAUAGCGACUACCUAAACAACAAACUGAACUCUCGUUCCAUAGCAGACAACUGCCACUGUGACCAGAGGAGGACAGUCUGCCUGAAGGACCCUAAGGCCACUUGCCAAGUGGCCUCCAAUGUGCUGGUCAAAACCAUCUGCUUCAUGAGAAGUUUACCAUCCUUCAGUCAGCUUCCAUCGGGAGAUAAGUCAUCACUGUUAAGACACUGCUGGGUUCCUUUGUUUGUUCUGGGGCUUGCACAAGAGAGGAUAGUGUUUGAAGUGACUGAUGUACCAAAUUCAAGUAUCCUUAGACAGAUUUUGCUCAGACCGGGACUUUCUGAAAACGAGGCUAUCAUCCAACCAACUCUUGCCGGAGUCCACAGAUUGAGAACUUGCUUGCAUCAGUUGUGGAAUCUGGAUCUCAGUCCAAAGGAAUAUGCUUAUCUGAAGGGUGCUAUGUUGUUUAACCCAGUUGUUCAAGGAUUGAGUGCCAUCCUGUUUAUUGAGGGUCUCCAACAGGAAGCUCAGCGAGCCCUCCAAGAAUUCAUCCACUUCCUGCACCAGGAGGACACCAGUCGCUUCCAACACAUACUUCUAGCAGCCUCCGCCAUUCAGAACGUGAGCCACAGCUUGGUCACAGAGCUAUUCUUCAAGCCAGUUAUUGGCAACACAAAUAUGGUAGAUUUAUUAACAGAGAUGUUAUUUGUCCAAUAGGAUUACAGAGAAUAGACUUUUACAAGAAAUGUUGUAAUAUUGAAUUUUAUACUGUGAAACUAGAAUGAAAAGCACAUGAAAUA